AGAUGCCAGUACGAGAUUCCGGGUUCUAAAAACGCGCGCAGAGCUCUUAAGUUCCCCAGAUCUCUAGACACGAACGAUGUCGCCCUGCACGCUGCUCUUGCUACUGGCGGCCGCCCUGGCCCCGACCCAGACCCGCGCGGGCUCACACUCGCUGCGUUAUUUCGGCACUGCCAUGACCCAACCGGGACACAGGGAACCGCGGUUCGUCGCCUUCGGAUUCGUGGACGACACGCGGUUUGUGUGGUUCGACAGCGAUGCGACGACCCCUAGAGAGGAGCCUCGGGCGCCGUGGAUGGAGGAGAAACGGCCCGAGUACUGGGAGCGGCAGACUCGGAUCGCCAAGGCUAACGCGCAGAUUUUCCGUGAAAAUCUGAGGACCUUGCUGCGCUACUACAACCAGAGCGAAGCAGGGUACCACACCAUCCAGUCCAUGCGUGGGUGCUAUAUGGGCAGUGAUGGGCGCUUCCUCAGCGGAUACUACCGGACGGCCUAUGAUGGCGCCGACCACAUCUCUCUGAACGAGGACCUCCAUUCCUGGACUGCUGCAAACAAGGUGGCUCUGAUUACCCAGCGCCAAUAUGAGGCCACGAAUGAGGCAGAGCACCACAGGGCCUACCUGAAAGUUACGUGCAUGGAGUGGCUCCGCAGCCAUCUGGAGAAGGGAAGAGAGUUACUGCAACGUGCAGAUCCCCCAAAGACACGUGUGACCCAUCAUCCCAGACCUGAAGGUGAUGUCACCCUGAGGUGCUGGGCCCUGGGCUUCUACCCUGCUGACAUCACCCUGACCUGGCAGAGGGAGGAGGAAGAACAGACUCAGGACAUGGAGCUGGUGGAGACCAGACCUGCAGGGGACGGAACCUUCCAGAAGUGGGCAGCUGUGGUGGUGCCUUCUGGGGAGGAGCAGAGAUACACAUGCCAUGUGUACCAUGAGGGGCUGCCUGAGCCUCUGACCCUGACAUGGGCUCCACCUCUUCAGCACAUGGACCCCGCUGUGGGAGUCACUGCUGGCCUGGUUCUCCUUGGAGCUGUGGUCAUUGCUGUGGUGUGGAGAAAGUCACCAAGGAGGAAAGGCUUGCAGCCUCUACCCACUGAGUCACCUGUGGAGUGUGCUCCUGAGGGAAUUAAAAGCCCAUUAGAAGUUUGUGCCAAGAUGACCGUGGCCCCGAGGACCUGGCUCCCAGCACCUACAGCCUAACAGUGGAACUGACCAUACAAAGGUGAACACAUACACAACAUACUAUGUCAUGGGAAGCCCUGACUUCUUUCUGCAAUUGGCAUCUGACUAUGUCCAUCUGUGUGAGAUUCUGUCAGCAAAAUGUGAGUCUGUUCAAGCUGAGAUUAGGAUUCUCCAUCUGUCUAGAACAGUAUCUAGACAUGAAUCUGUUGGAAUUCUUACCCCAGGCUUGGUUGAUGACUUAGGGUACAGCAAGUUGCUUCAAACUUGGGAGAGGAAAUAAAAUUUGAGAACAUUCCAGAA